AUGUCACCCCCUAACUCCAUUAUAUUUCCUAAUUUGUCCCUCUUCGUUUUGCAGUUGAAUUUCUUUGAGAAGCUGGUUUCGUGUUGCCUGAAGCACUUAAAUAAUCUGCUCGACAAUUUAAUCGGAAAAUUGUGCCACUACUGCAUCAAUGGAAGCCCCGUUAGAACUGUAGUCGUUCUCGUUAUGGAGAACAGAUCUUUCGACCACAUGCUUGGCUGGUUCAAGCAACUGAACCCCGAAAUUGAUGGAGUUGACGUCUCUGCCAAAUCGAACCUGAUCAACGCAACCGACCCUAAUUCACGUCGGGUCGUAUUCGGCGACCAAGCACACUAUGUUGACCCUGAUCCGGGCCACUCAUUCCAGGCCAUUAGGGAACAAGUAUUCGGGUCGGACGACACCUCCGCGAUCCCGCCCCCGAUGAAUGGGUUUGCUCAACAAGCUUUUUCGAUGGAGGACCCGGACAUGACUCAAAAUGUCAUGAACGGUUUCCAACCCGAUAAGGUUGCAGUGUACAAGUCUUUGGUAUCGGAGUUCGCGGUAUUUGAUAGGUGGUUUGCGUCGGUGCCGGCAUCCACGCAGCCCAACCGACUGUACGUGCAUUCCGGCACCUCCCACGGUGCCACCUCCCAUAUAAUCUCGAUGCUCCUCAAGGGCUACCCACAGCGCACCAUCUUUGAUGAUUUGGAUGACGCCGGAGUAUCUUUCAAAAUAUACUUCCAGAAUAUUCCGGCCACCCUCUUCUACAGAAGCCUCAGGAAGGUCAAGUACAUCUUCAAGUUCCGGCCCUACGGCUGGUUCUUCAAGAGCGACGCCAAGAAGGGCAAACUCCCGGGAUAUGUUGUGUUGGAGCAGCGGUACAUGGACUCUAAGGCGAACCCCGCAAACGACGACCACCCGUCGCACGACGUGUAUCAGGGCCAAUUGUUAGUGAAGGAGGUGUACGAGACUCUGAGGGCUAGUCCGCAGUGGAACGAAACCCUAUUACUGAUCACGUACGAUGAGCAUGGCGGCUUUUAUGAUCACGUGCCCACACCUAACGUUGGAGUGCCGAGCCCAGAUGGCAUUGUGGGGUCCGAACCCUUCUUCUUCAAGUUCGAUAGGUUGGGAGUUAGGGUUCCCACUAUUGCCAUCUCUCCUUGGAUUCAGAAAGGCACCGUUGUUCAUGGCCCAAACGGCUCGCCUUUCCCGACAUCGGAAUACGAACAUUCUUCGAUACCGGCGACAGUGAGGAAGAUAUUCAACCUGCCAUCGCCGCCACUUACAAAGAGAGAGGAAUGGGCCGGAACUUUUGAAGGAAUUCUUGGAAAACUCACCCACCCUAGAACUGAUUGCCCUGAACAACUUCCAUAUCCGGAGAAAAUCAGGGAGAGUGAAGCAAAUGAAGAUGCAAAAGUGAGUCAGUUCCAACAAGAGCUCAUACAACUUGCUGCGGUUUUGAAGGGAGAAGAUAUAUUGGGAAGUAAGCUUGAUAACUUUGGAAAAAACAUGACUGUGAGAGAAGGGAAAGAAUUCAUGGAGAGUGCUGUGAAGAUCUUCUUUGAAGCUGGUUUAGCUGCUCGCGACAUGGGUAUUGGUGGUGAUGAAUUUGUCAAAGUCAGAUCUUAGAGAGCGAAAUAUAUCUAGAGAGAGAAGAGAGAGCUAGAGAGAGAGAGAGAGAGAGAGAGAGAGAGAGAGAGAGAGAGAGAGUAUGCAUGUGUAAUAUGCAGUAGUAAUAAUGUAGAACAAUGAAUCAAGUGUGCAUGCAUGCAUGCCACAGGUACUGGUAGAUUCUAGCGUAUGUUUCUAAUGGGUUUAAUUAUUUAUCUUAAUUCUUCAAACUACGUACUUUGACAACAUUAUAUUUGAUUUUGGUUAUUUAUU